CAUCCGGAAGAGGUGAAGUUGGAGCCCAGAUUUACCGAUGAGUGGUAGUUUUUGUUGGAAGUUGUGAUGUCAGCAGCUGAGCUAAGAAUGUCUUCAGUCCAGAAUCUGAGAGAGUUGAUCAACCAGCGACUAACUGCUGCUGCUGAAGAAAUAUUCACAGAGUUUGAGAAAACCAUCGUCCAGUACGAGGAGGAGAUCGAUCGUCAGCGCAGACUGCUGGAUAACAUCUGGAAACCAGAGAUCACCUUACAAAUACCAGAGCCCCCACAGAAACAUGUCUGUAUGGAGGAGAAGAAUCUCACUGUUCAGCAGCUCUGUAACCAGGAGAGGAACUCCAGUCUGGACCAGGAGGAUGCAGAACAUUCACAGAUUAAAGAGGAACAGGAGGAACCCUGCACCAAUGUGCACCAGGAGGACCUCGAGGUUUCAAAGGUUAAAGAGGAACAGAAGGAACUCUGCACCAGUCUGGAGCAAGAGCAGCUUGUUCUAAAGCAGGAGACUGAUCUCUCUAUGGUGACUCCUAUGUAUGAGGACAGCAACCACAGUGAACCAGAACCAAACAAUGACCAGCUCCUUUCUCACAACUCUCCUGUAGCUGAGAGCCAAGAUCAGGAAGGAAGCAAGUAUGUAGACUUUGGAUCAGCGAGAAAUGCAGCACUGAUGCCAAAGAUGAGGCUUCACAGAAACAGCAGCAAUAUUACCAAUGCAGACAACUGUCCAGUAGUAGAGAGUCAUGGUAAUACUUACAUAGGGAAAAAGUCUGUAAACUGUGAUGUUUGUGGAAAAGCCUUUAAGGAUAGUUACAAAAUGAAGAGACAUCACAGAAUCCACACAGGUGAGAAGCCGUAUGCUUGCAAUACAUGUGGGAAAAGAUUCAGAAGCAAUGAUAAAUUGUUGGUCCACAUGAGAACCCACACAGAUGAGAGGCCUUACUCCUGCAACAGUUGUGGGAAAUUAUAUAAAGAUGCAUCAACUCUGAAAGUACACACAAGAUCUCACACAGGUGAGAAACCUUAUGCCUGCAGCAUCUGUGAGAGACGAUUUAAAGUCAUAUCAACACUGAAAACACACAUGAGAACUCAUACGGGCGAAAGGCCGUAUUUUUGUGAAAUAUGUGGCAAAAGUUUCAUUCAGCGCAGUAAUUUGAAUGUUCACAGAAGAAGACACACAGGUGAGAAGUCAUACUCCUGACACAUCUGUGGGAGCCAAGCUUGACAACAAAGCAUCUUUGAAAAUGACGCGUUUAAAGUUUUGGCUUAUAAUAAAUGUGAACAUCAGUGAGGUACACUGUGGGUUGCAACAUAAGUCCUGUUUUUGUAGCCUGUAUUUGUUUACAUUCUGAAGAAUGGAAUUCACUGAAUUAUUAUUUUAAAUUAUUAAGUUUGUUUUUUAUGUUUACCAUUAGAUGUGCUGACGAGUAAUUUCUGAACUGUUCUAACAACUACCACACCAUGAGUGUAUUGUAUGCUAUGUCUGUAACUAUGAGAUAGUAUGAGAUCUUGCACUUGUGGCGUCUUUUCUUACAGUCAUGAGAUAGUCCCUAAUAUUUCUGAGUGAAUGUGUCCAAACUUUCUUUCCUCGUGUGAAUGCUGUGUGAUUAGUGAAUGUAGAGUUGGUUUAAAAACUUAGCCAUGUCAUUGAUUCACACUCUUACCAACAAUAAUGUUUCUGUAGUCACUAAUUUUUAUAAGAGAUAUUUUUAUAUUAUUUUACAGGUGCUGUAUAAAUAAAGUUUCUUUCCUAGAAGAAG